CGGGAAAGGGAACGAGAUGGGAGUCACGUGACGCGGCUUGGCCCCGCCUUCCCUUCCUAUUCAUUCGCCGGCGCUCGGGAGGAGAUGGAGCGGCGGAAGGGACAGUCCCGCGAAGAGGAAACCCAAAGCCGCCUCCGAAUGCCGCCGACAGAGCAUUUAUCUUCCGCCCUUCUCACACCGAAGUGGACUCAGGGCGAAUCACAGAACUUGUACACGGCGAAUAUUCAAUGCCGUUAAGACAUACAGACAUAGAGGUGUUUUGUCGUCAUUUUCCCAGCUUCGGCGUCCUGGAGGUUGUGCUCGGUUCCGGCCACAGGGGGGUGCUGUCGCUCCAUCCGCGAUCGCCAACUUUUCCUCCUGUUCUUUGAUCGCUGGCAUUUUUCGUAUUUCCACUUUAGCGGUGGCUAAUUUCUGUACUCAUAACUGUUGAAGACAUUAGGACCACCCCAAAGGGGAGGGGUUAAAGUAUUAGUUCUGGAAGGCUUUGAGACUGCCUCAAGGGGUGGAGCUAAGCUAUCCUUGAGAGAAGGGGAGGAGCCAAUGCAAAUCCCCGCCCCUGGAGAGGGAGGAGCCUAUGCCAUGUGCCGCUCAGGGUGAGCAAGGCCUCGAUCUUUCCCGCCAUGAAGCUGCUCCGCCUGCUCUGCCGACACAAGACGGCCGUGGGUCUCGGCGGCCUCUCCCUCUUUGGAGUGGUGCUCCUCUACUUGGCCAAGUGCACCUCGGAAGGCCUGAAGCCCUCCCAGGGAUGGGGCCUCCCCCACCAGCAACAGGCUGCCCCACCGCGACCGGGAGGAGCCGUCGGCGGGCCUCAACCCCCUGCAGCCGCUCCGGCCCCGGCGCUUGAGGAGGCGGCCUUCCUGGCGGUGCUGGUGGCCAGCGGGCCCAAGUACACCGAGCGGCGCAGCAUCAUCCGCAGCACGUGGCUCUCGGGGGCCGGGCGGCGCGCUGGUGGUAGUGACGUGUGGGCCCGCUUCGUGGUGGGCACCGGAGGCCUCGCCGGGGAAGAGCUACACGCCUUGGAGCUGGAGCAGAGCCGCCACCGGGACCUCCUCCUCCUCCCGGAGCUGCGGGACUCCUACGAGAACCUCACAGCCAAGGUGUUGGCCAUGUAUGCCUGGUUGGACCGUCACCUGGACUUCCGCUUCGUCCUCAAGGCCGACGACGACACCUUCGUCCGCUUGGACGUCCUGCUGGACGAGCUGCGGGUCAAGGAGCCGCGGCGGCUCUACUGGGGCUUCUUCUCGGGCCGCGGGCGCGUCAAGUCCGGCGGGAAGUGGAAGGAGAACGCCUGGCUGCUCUGCGACUACUACUUGCCUUACGCCCUCGGCGGUGGCUACGUCCUCUCCGCCGACUUGGUUCGUUAUUUACGCCUCAGCCGGGACUUCCUCAACCUCUGGCAGAGCGAGGACGUCUCCUUGGGCGCUUGGUUGGCCCCGGUGGACGUCAGGCGGGUGCACGACCCGCGCUUCGACACGGAGUACAAAUCCCGAGGGUGCAACAACAAGUACAUUGUGACGCACAAGCAGAGCAUCGAGGACAUGUUGGAGAAGCACCAGACUCUGGCCAAAGAAGGGAAGCUGUGCAAGGAGGAGGUCAAGCUCCGUCUGUCGUACAUCUACGACUGGAGCGUGCCUCCUUCGCAGUGCUGCCAGAGGAAAGACGGCAUCCCUUGAAAACUGUCACAACGGGGUGCGUUGCGCCUGCAGAGAGACGGAUAUGCCUCACGUCGCCAUACCCUGUGGACGGAGACUUGACAUUUCACACACAUGGACCAUAUUGCGUCACGGCUACUUCUCAGAGUGAGCCGACUUCGAAGAGAGCAAGUUGCGUGCCUGAGGACAGGAACAAAACAUGUUGUGGGGUGGUCAAAAUUUUGUAAAUUAUUAUGCGUAAAAACUUGUCACAAAUUCAGGAGCUGCUACUAUAAGGCCAUCCCCUUCAGAAGGAGUUUUGGCGAGGAUGUUACCCAAAUAUCAUCACGGUCACCUCUCGGAGUGAGCCGACUUCGAAGAGAGCAAGUUGUGUGCCUGAGGACGGGAACAAAACAUGUUGCGGGGUGGUCAAAAUUUUGUACAUUAUCAUGCGUAACAACUCGUCACAGAUUCAGGAGCUGCUACUAUAAGGACAUCCACUUCUUUAGAAGGAGUUUUGGCGAGGAUGUUACCCAAAUAUAAUCACAGUCACCUCUUGGAGUGAGCCAACUUCGAAGAGAGCAAGUUGUGUGCCUGAGGACGGGAACAAGACAUGUUUUGGGAUGGUUAGAAAACCUCAAACAAUUGUAUAGGCUUUGUAAAUUAUUGUGCGUAAUAAUUCAUAGAUUCAGGAGCUGCUACUGUAAGGACAUCCAAAUAUAAUCACGGUCACUUCUCAGCGUGAGCCGACUUCGAAGAGAACAAGUUUGAGGAAGGGAACAAAUCAUGUUUUGGGAUGGUUAGAAAACCUCAAACAAUUGUAUAGGCUUUGUCAAUUAUUGUGCGUAAUAAUUCAGGACAUCCAAAUAUAAUCACGGUCACCUCUCAGCGUGAGCCAACAAGUUUGAGGAAGAGAACAAAAAAUGUUUUGGGAUGGUUUAAAAACCUCAAACAAUUGUAUAGGCUUUGUAAAUUAUUGUGCGUAAUAAUUCAUAGAUUCAGGAGCUGCUACACUUCUUCGGAAGGAGAUGAUUAUUAGACCAGAUCAGUCCCUUGUGUUAUUAUGUUCCUCUUUCUAAGCUAGGAAAGCUGUUGAUAAAAACAGGGAUUGGGUUUCGCAUGUUCCGAGAAAAGCGCCGACCUUUGAGCACUUUACUGUAUAUCGAUGACUGGUGCAUUGUUGCCGAAGCCAAGUCUCUUCGGAACCGUGUUCAUUGCACAAUAUGCUCCAUAAGCUGCCUGCCAGCCACUCAAAAAAAUGAGGAUCGGGUUUGUAAACAUUAUGUCUUGAGUAUGAUAGGCCUUGAGAGGGAUGCGAGAGCGACUGCGUAUUGACAAAAUGUCCCCAGAAUUCUGCAGAGUCUCCAAAGCGAUGUUUACAAGGAUGGGUUGACUAAAAUAUCAAGGACUGUGUAGUUUAAGUAUAGGAUGAGUCCCAUACAUUCCAAGAUUUCGUGUGGAUGUACAAAACCUCAAACCUAUUGAGAGGAAGGACUUCUGGCCCAAAAAUCCCAUAGGAAAAUGAUCUAGAAAAGGCUUAGAGGACAAAUUUUGACUCCGUAGAUACAAUUUUCCUUAUUGUUAUUAUUAUUAUUUAAUUAUUACUCUCCUUGUCAUGGGAAAUUAUCCGAGUUGCAACUCCCAAGGGUUGGCUGGAAAACAUUGUGGAAGGGCAUGGAUCUUUCCUCAAGCCGCUUCCCAUUUUUUGAUGCUAUUGUUGAGGGAUUUGUAGUUUUCCAUGGCUUUUGUAUUGCUUCUCCUCCUUAAAUCACAUUUUGGAGGCUGUAUAUAUAUUGACGACUUUAGCUCUCGGCAUUCUCGAUGGGAAUCGUCCCUCAGAUGCAGUUCACCCUUAUGUAUUGUCGAAGGCUUUCAUGACCAGAAUCACUGGGUUGCUGUGAGUUUUCCGGACUGUCUGGCCAUGUUCCGGAAGCAUUCUCUCCUGACGUUUCGCCCACAUCUAUGGCAGGCAUCCUCAGAGGAGAGAAUGCUUCUGGAACAUAGCCAGACAAUCCGGAAAACUCACAGCAACCCAGCAUAAUGUCAUUUUGGGCUGUGGUAUUAAUUUGUUCUGAUAUUAAUAAUAAUAAUAACUAAUAAUAUCUGGUGAUGGAGAAAACCUUGCAGCGAGAUAGAAAGAGGUUGAAUUGAAUUGCACUAUAUACGGAGCCUCACAUUAAAAAAAUUGCAUGGAGUAUGUAGUCAUGCUAACCUGGUACUGCCCUUCAUCAAAAUAUUAAUAUUAUAUAUAUAUAUAUAUAUAUAUAGAGAGAGAGAGAGAGAGAGAGAGAGCUCACGAGAGAGUCUGUCAAACAACAAGCCGCCUCCUUAAAUCGAGAGAUGUUAAUAUAAUGUGUUUACUAUGGUGAUUAUUUAUUUAUCAAUGUCGUACUUGUACUAUGUAUAGCUGGAAAAAUAGCCAAGUGUCACGGUCAUUUUGAAUUAUUUAAAGCGCCAUUGCUAUUACUGA